AUGCAAAGGGCCUUCCAUUCUCCCUUUGCACUCCUGAGGCAUGUCAAUGACAAACAAUUUCCCAAGAUUGCCUCGAGCCAGACGCACUGCGCUACAGUGUCUCUUCCGUACUUCCGACAGCGGCAACGUGACAAUUGCAAACGCUGUUUAGCGUUUGCUGCAUCCUUCGGCUGCUUGGCCCACACUCGAGUUGUGGGUGGGUGCAAUUUUCUGCAGUUGUGCGGUCUGAGACGGCCUCUUUUGCCAUCUCUCCUUGGGCCUCGCCUUGUCUCGAGCGCCGCGGGUUUUGCCAUGCCUUUUCUUGGCAAGGCCUAG